GAGGAAUCUGAGAGUGAGAGCGAGUUCCCCACGAACUCCGAGCCGGAGCGAGGAGAUAAAGGUAUGUCUUGGGAAGGUCGAGAGUAUGCUCAGGGCCCUCCUGAACUUGAACCUGAGGUUCUCCUCGAGCUCGACCGCCAGAUGGAGCUCAAAGAGCUCGACCGCCUCCUUGGCGUGAAAGUGCUGCAGCCUAUGAAUGGUGAGCGUGAUAGAGAAGGUAAAGUUCGUCUGCAAUGCAAGUAUGUACUGGAUUGGCGGUACCGGAAUGGCUGGGUUCGUAGAGCUCGACUCGUUGCUAAAGAAUACCGCUUCUUGGAGCCCUCUUUGACCGACGCCCAGCUUCUGUUGCUUCAAGUCAUAAGGAACAGUUCACUGGAGCUGUUAUCCCUGGAUAUCACCGACGCCUACUUGCAAGUAAAACAGCGGAGACCUAUGUUCAUUCAAACGCACAUCGGUGACCUCGAACUUUGCUAUAAUCUUCCGGGACAGAGAGCAGGGGUCAAAGAUUGGUUUACACACCUCCUUGACAUUCUCAAGGAGCAUGACCUCAAGAGCUUUGAUGGCAAUCCCUCGUUGUUUGGCAAGGUUCAGGACUUAGCCCUCAACAGCCAUGUCGAUGACUUGCAGAUCUUGGCUUCGAAAGGGGUUCCCAUGAAGCUCGCGAACGAACUCAAGACAGAAGGCUUGAAAGUGAAGGUGGAUGGUCCCGUCAGUUUGGAUGGUGGUUGUUCGCAUUUUCUGAAGAAGAAGUUUCAAGGGUUUGGUGGCUCCAUCGAAGUGAUCCAAGACACCAAGUAUGCCGAGCGCUUGCAGUCAAUCCUUGGUUUGGAAAAGGCCCAUGGGAAACAGAACCCAAGCCCUCCGAAAGUACCUGCCCCAGGGGAAGGAGAAAGCGUAGAUGCAGAGCACCUCCAUGUGUACAAGAGAUGCGUGGGCAUCCUCAUGUACAUGAGUGCAGAGAGACCGGACUUGCAGUACAUUGUGAAGGUGUUGUCUUCAAGAGGUAGUUCGCCUACUAGUUCGGACUUUGGCCUCCUGCGUCACGUUGUGAAAUACAUCAAGUUGUACCCCGUGAUCCCGAUUGUGUUGCAGAGGACAGUGCCUGGUAAAACGUUGAAACAGAAGUGGGAUGGAGUAGAUCCAGAUGAGCCUGAGACCCCAGUGCGAUGCCGUUUGGAACACAACAUGUCGUGGAGGUAG